AUGCGGCGAGGGUUGUGCGUCACUGCCCGGAGGCUGGUGGCCUCGCGCACCAACGCACUUUGGCAUCCGCCACAGCGCGCCCCACUCCUCCGGCGCUCGCUCACCACCAGCCCCGGCGCAACCUUGCCGGUGGCACAUCGGGUGUCGACGCUGCUGGGCGCCGGAACGGGCUCGGGAGCACAGGGCAGCUCCGGCGGCGGCGAGCAGGACGGGCAGCUGCAGGUGGCCUCCCAUCGUCUCAUGCUCCAGGCCGGCAUCAUGCGCCAGGCCGGGAGUGGCAUCUAUUCGCUGUUGCCGAUGGGCGUGCGGGCCGUUGAGAAGCUCACCGCGCUCGUUGACCGCGAAAUGGGCGGCAUAGGCGGGCAGAAGCUGCAGAUGCCGCUGCUGCUCUCCGCCGCCAUUUGGAAACAGACCGGCCGCUGGGAAUCGUCCGGGCCUGAGCUGUUUCGAUUGAAGGAUCGCCGCGGGGCCGACUUCUGUCUGGCGCCCACGCACGAGGAGCUCAUAACGCAGCUCUUCGCCAACGAGGCCGUCUCCUACCGCCAGCUUCCGCUGCUCCUCUACCAAAUCGGACUGAAGUACAGAGAUGAGGUGCGCCCGCGGUUCGGGCUGAUGCGAGGGCGCGAGUUCAUCAUGAAGGACAUGUACUCGUUCGACAUCACCCGGGACGACGCGCUGCGCACCUACCAGCACGUCGUCGGCGCCUACAAGCGCAUCCUCGCCCAGCUCGAGCUCGACUACGUCAUCGCCGCCGCGGACAGUGGAAACAUUGGCGGCGACCACUCCCAUGAGUUCCACGUCAUGGCCAACAUCGGCGAGGACACCAUUCUGAGGUGCAACUCGUGCACGUACGCGGCCAACACGGAGAAGGCCAGGGGCCGACUACUCCAUCACCACGAGCACCACCGCCGACUCGACCACCGGACGCUCGAUUGGCCCGCCCUGCAGGCCGGCCUCGCUGACUCGGAGAGCUUGCCCUACUCGGUCCACGUCGUGCGUGUGGCCACGGAAGCGCCCGCGGCCAGCGCGGAAGGCGGUGCCGCGCGCGAGUGGGCCGUGGUGGCGCCCAAGGGCCGGCAGGUCAACGAGCUCAAGGUCAAGGCCCACCUCCUCCGACACGCCCUCGCACCCUCUGGCGAGAUUGUCGACAUCACCGUGCGGCCCGCCGCCGCCGCCGACGCCGGUGCGCGCCCGGUGGUGCUGGUCGACGAGUCGCUGGCGGCCGAGGCCGUCGAUGCGGCCAAGGCCGUGGGCGACUUUACGCUGACGGAGGAGCGGGACGGGUGCGCCGAGGCGGGGUGCGAGGGGGAGCUGGUGGGCAGCCGGGGCAUCGAGGUGGGCCACGUGUUCUACCUGGGCACCAAGUACUCGGCCAAGCUCGACGCCCGCGUCGCCACCCCCUCCGGCACCAACUACGCCGAAAUGGGCUGCUUCGGGUUGGGCGUGACGCGUCUGCUGGCGUCGAUUGUGGAGACGUCGCACGACGAGCGCGGGAUCGUGUGGCCGGUGGCGGUGGCGCCCUACAAGGCGGUGGUGGUGGCCAUGACGCCCAAGGACGCCGACGUGCAGGCCCACGCGCGCAACCUCUACGCCGACCUCCAGCGCAGCCCGUACUUCGCCAACGACGUGGCCCUCGACGACUCCGCCGACAGCCCCGGCGCCAAAUUACACCGCGCCCAACUCCUCGGGUUCCCGUGGAUGGUGCUGGUGGGGAAGGCGAUGAAGAACGAGGGCCGGGUGGAGUUCGAGAACCGGAAGACGAAGGAGAAGCAGUUCGUGCCCUACGACCAAAUGGUGGCCCACCUCGAGCAGCUCGCCCGCGACCACGCCCGCACCAUCGGCGCUCCGCUCCCCGUCGGCCUGUGA